ACAAUGGUUGAUAUGUGUGUAAGAACGUCCUUGAUGUUAUUUCAGAAUCACUCUUUUGCUAACUCCAACAAAAACCUUCACAUAUAUACCUAGGGGUAGUCAUAGUCAUUUUGCAGCACAAGUGUUAAUCUGCACGUUAUCGUCAUGUCUUCAACCAAACGCGCCAACAACAAGUUGACUUUAAAGAAAAGUGCAACGAGUAAGAAGCCUUACAUAAAUGCCUGUGGGGGUGGUGGACGCUCAAUCUUAAAGAUCGCCUUAGAAAAACCUACAAAGUUAUCCGAUGGUGAUGUGAUCAACCUCCUCACGGAAGAUAAAGAAGGACAUCCGGAAAGGUAAGUUGUAAACUUGUAUAAUAAUUUAGUUCUCGCUCUCCACCAUCCAUAUAGAUACUAAUGUUGUAUUAUUUUAUUUUUUAUAUAACAAUAGCUACCACCACCACCACCACCACAAAUGAACUGGAAGAUUUUCUAAAAGAAUAUGAGGGAAAUUUCAAUCAUGUUUACGCUCCUCCAAUUACAACGAUUCCUCCAUCUCACAUGAGACCACCGGUGAUAGAUCCCAGACAUGGCCAGCAACAACAACACCAACAACAGUUAAGACAGUCAGUAUCCAUCAGUACAAAUAUUGGAGCAUAUUAUAAUUCCUGCGCCGCUACCCCAGGCAAAUACUCAAACGCAGCCGUCAGAAAUGGUAGCUUUACAUCCACAAUCCGCGAUGGGUGACAUGCAUCAAUUUCCAAAUAAUCCAGCUCAACAACAACCAAAUUUACCACUACAGCUACCUGUAAAUAACGGCGGCAACAAUCACUUUCAUGCCCCGUUGCCUAGGGGGGAAAAAGAUAUGCAAUUACUAAGAGAAUUUUAUGACCACGUCUCGCCGCCGUCUUCAGCAGCCAUCGACCAAGAAGAGGCGCCACCACCACCACCGCCGCCGCCAUCUCAUGAAUCGCCCAGAUGGCACGAGCCGUCCACACCCCAAGAGCUGGCGAUGUUAUCAAUGGGGUGUCUGGAGAAGAUGCUGACAAUUUUCCAGGCCAGACAAAGAAAUUCCCAACUCCAGACGGAGCGUUUAGAACGGGAAUUGGCUGCACCACGGCUUCAAGAUGAAAACCUGCAUCGAGACAUGAAGUUUAUUAUAAAUUACAUGCAAUUUUUAAAGAAUAGCUAAUUUUUCUUUUUAAAUUUAAUUUCACAUUUGUAAUAGUAGGUACUU